AUGAAAAAGUUAGCCUGUUGCACUAAGGGAGAGAAAACAGAGGAGGAUGAUUUUGAUAAAAAGCAAAUACCCUCCGAGUAUGGAGUCAAUAGAAAACGUUCAUGCACCGACGUGCUAUGUAUUCCUGUAUUUAUUCUAUUUUGGAUAGGCAUGUUUGUGAUUGCAGGAUUUGGAUUUUGGUCCGGAAAUCCUGCUGCACUGGUUGAACCAAUUGAUUAUGAAGGAAAUAUGUGUGGUUACGCAAUCGGAAAAGGAAAUGAUAAUAUUGUAGAUUUACGAAACAAAACGUAUCUGUGGUAUCCUUUCGAGUUUCGACCCGAACAGAUAAAAGAUAUCACCACCGCAAGACUUAUCUCUGCUUUAGGAAUGGGUAUUUGCGUUAAGGAAUGUCCAUCAUCUGUUGUUAGUAUUUUGAAUCCUCUCUCAACGGCAGUUCUUGAUUCUGUUGUUUGUAAAUAUGAAGUGAAUGACACAAACCCAUUAACUCGUGCAAAGAAAGCAUAUGAUGGAGAUGGUUGCUAUUUUAAUUACUUUACUCACGAAAUAUAUUUUAAAAGAUGCAUCCCAGUGCUCGAUAAUACCACAAUGGACCUUGUCACAAAAACAACAUUCAAACAAACAAUGAAGGUCACAAAUGGUUUGAAGCAAGGUUUGUCAGAAGUGUGGAGAUCAUGGCUUCCUAUUCUUAUAUCCUCUGUUUUGAGCUUAAUUUUAUGUUUUACCUUUGUUUUGUUUAUGAGAUUAUUUGUUGGAAUUGUUGUUAGAGUUAUUUUGGUUGUGGUUGCCUUGGUCAUGGGGUGUGCUGGUGGUUACAUUCUAUACAUUGGCGUUAAAAAGUACAUCGAAUCUGAAUCCAACGGAGUAAUUGAUACAACAAUGAGAACUGCUUCACAAUGGUGGAUGGGUAUUGGUGGAACCAUUCUUGGGCUGUUACUCAUUUAUCUUGUUCUCAUGAUCUUCCUCUGGGGAAGAAUUAGAAAGGCAAUUGCUAUCAUUAAGGAAGGUAGUAGGGCUGUGAACAAAUUUCCCACACUUAUCAUUAUUCCAGCAGUUUCCUUCUUGCUCAUUUGUGGUCUGACCGUAUGGUGGGCUGUGGUUGCUGUGUUCCUUCAAAGCGCCCAAAAGCCAGUCACAAUUGCUGCAAACGACCCAAGAUGGAGCGAGUACAUGAACGAAAUUUCUACCUUCAUGAACACCACCAAAUUUUCAAACACAUCUAUUACUAUAGAUCAAGGAACAACGGCUUUGCAGGUGCUUGGGCUGUACAAUUUAUUUGCGUAUUUCUGGGGAGUGGCGUUCAUUGAAGCUAUUGCAUGCACUACCAUCGCUGGCGUUGUGGCAGGAUGGUACUUUGGUGGUAUUGGAAACGACAAAAAAACUGAAAAGUUUUCAGUAUUUAAAUCUUUUUGGAGAGUUAUCAGAUACCACAUUGGUUCUAUGAUAUUUGGAUCUUUGGUUGUUGCUAUUGUGCAAAUGAUUAGAUAUUUGUUCAAGAAAGCAAAAACUCGACUUCAAAAACUAGCCCAAGAAAAUACUGUGGCCAACUGGAUUAUUAAGGUAUUUGAUGCUAUUUUAUGGGUUGUAGAGAAAAUAGUUAGAUUCAUGAAUAAGAACGCUUAUUUAAUGAUCGCCAUACACGGAAGCAACUUUUUAAUGAGCUCGUCAAGAGGAUUUAUGAUUGUAAUGGAAAACAUCUUAAUAGUAGGAACCACAAAUACCAUUAGUGAUGUUGUGUUAUUCUUGGGAAGAGUUUUAAUCACUGUUAUUAGCUCUGUUAUUUGCUACCUGAUCAUUGACUUGAACAACAAAUAUGAAUUUCUUGUGGCUGUUUUACCUGUGGUUGAAUAUGGUAUAAUCCCUUCUGUGGUUACCGGCGUCAUAACGUUCCUCAUUGCUUCUCUAUUUAUGAACUUGUACGACAUUGCCAUUGACACAAUCCUGAUUUGCGUCAGCUACGAGCUGUACAUUAAUCCGAACGAAGUGAAAGGACCUUACUUCAUGAGUGACCGUUUAAGAAAAAUUUAUUUGGGAAAGCUCAAGAUGGACAGAAUUGGAGAUUUCAGUUGUUGUUGUUGCACUUCUCAAGGUGAGAACUAUGACGAUGAUGUGAAGGUCAAAGACAGGGAGUUGAAAGACGAAAAAUCAAAGGAUCAAAAACCAGCUAAAAUGUAA